AGAAGAGAAGAGCGAGAAAAAAAAUUAGCUUGACGAACAGUUCUCCCCCCAAACCGUUUCUCAUAACUCUCCGACUACGUCCGCUUUCUCCAUUCUUGAGGCAACUCUUCUCGAUGGUUUCUCUUUAAAUCUCUUCUCCCAUCAUGUCCACCGAGCCGGCCAUACGGACGGCUCAGGACGAUCUCGAGUCGCGCACUUCUAUCGACCAAACACCCCGUGAAGCUCGCCCUAGACGGUCGCGUCGCAAGAAGGACGAGGGACAGGACGUUGAACGAAAGGACAAUUCCAAGCCUACCAAAUCAAAGGCCAAAGAGAAAGAGAAAGAAAAGGAGAGGGAGCCCGACAGGGAACUGGACAAGGAGAAUCAUAAGGAAACGAAGGACAAGGACAGCAGGGAUAAAGAGCAGGAUCCAAGAGAGUCGAAACGCGGCAGUCGUCGCCAAAGAGACAAAUCGUCGUCGACGUCAGCCAAUCCUUCCAAUUCCUCUACUCACGCUCGAAAGAAGCCUAAGUUGGAAGCAACGCCGCCGGACCAGAGUCCAAGUGCUCCGGCGGCUUCUGCAGCUUCCACCCCAGCUCCUACUACUGUUACUGUCACUGCUGCUGCAGCGGCAGCAGCAGCUCCAGCUCCAGUUUCCGUCCAACUCCCAAGUACGCCCGCUGCUAGCCCUCCGGCGUCGUCGGGCUCGAUUAACCUGCUUCAAUCUCACCUACAACAGCAACAUCGGUCACCAUUGCAGCCAUCCCCCCCUCUGCCAUCCUCCUCUCAUCCCACUCCGCCGCCCGCGGCCCUUGCUCAUCCGUCAUCUUAUCCAACGAUGGCUCCCGCAGGACCUCCGCAGCCUCAAUCCCAGCCACCACCUCCCCUACCAACUCGAACUAGCGGUCAGAAUUUCGAUCCCAUUCGGUCCGCCUUCGAUACAGCUUCCCCGGCCCCAAAUUCAGGGCCGACAUCGACCUUCAGUCCUCCGGCGCGUCCUAUCUCCCCCCGCCCACCAUUCCGCGCUAGCGCCUCGCCCGCCAUAGCCAGCAUCAUCGAUCCGCCCACACACACCUCGCCGUCCGUUUAUGCUCCCCGACCAUAUGCUUCUCCCAAUCAUGGCGCAUCAAUAUACUCUUCUUCCCCUAUAGCCACACCUGUCAUCGCUCAGACGCCACGUCCACAACCACCGCAGCCGAUCUCACCCUACAGCCAUCGGUCACCCUAUCCCACCCCUUCACAACUGCAGCCGUCGCACGAUUCGCAGUCCUCUGGCCAUUCUUCGUCUCAAGGCCCGCCCCCGCCACCACCAAGGCAGUCAGCAGCGCCAGAGCCUUCGGUGCCAACACCACCAAACAAUCAUCGUGCGCCUUCACCCGGGCCUAUGCCAAUGGAUGUAGAUACGGACCAACAGGCUGCACCUAAAGCAACUAAGAAGGACACCAAAGCUCCUGCAACAGCCGCCACAUCCAAUGCUGCCUCGCCGAAGCCAUCUCGUGCGACCAAAGAGCCACCACCUCCAUUGCCUCAAGGUUCAGGACUUAUUUCCAAUGCGUUGUUCGGUGUGGGUGAUACCGCGUCGACCGACGAUCCUACUUCUCGGCGGACGCCGAGUAUUGUCUUACACAUUCCACUGCAAGGGACCGGCAACAGAAUUGUCAAUUUUGCGCGUUUGGCUGAGGAACAAUAUGGCUUUGCCGCUUUGCAUCCUCGCCUGGCAGCUCACAAGGAACGACUGGCCCGCGUAGCCGCAGCAGGUGCUGCUUUAGAGCGAAAUGACAAGUCGGUUCGCGGACUUUCCGCCGGCGAGAGCGCCGAUGAAGAUCUCAGUCUCGAGGUUGAGCGUGACAGCGAUCUGGAUGGCGACAGUGCGCUGGGCGGUGCAGCGGCUCGCACAAAUGGGCCCGAGGCCCCGGAGGGGAAAAAGAAGCGCCGCAAGAAGAUGGAGGAAUAUGAUCGGGACGAUCCCUUUGUUGAUGAUAGUGAGCUGGCUUGGCAGGAACAGGCCGCUGCCAGCAAAGACGGUUUCUUCGUGUAUAGUGGCCCUCUCGUGCCAGAGGGCGAAAAGGUACAAGUAGAACGGUAAGUUGCCUCUGGUGUAUAUGCCUUCGCUACCUCAA